GCUGUGCAUCAGAUCACUCACAGAGCAGAUACAUCAUGUCAGGUCCAGCAGAUAGAACCAGAUCCUCCAUGCCUGCGUUCAUGUGCUCCAAUAAAAAUCCUGUGAAGUAUUUAGGGCAGGAUUAUGAGACCCUGAAAGCCCAGUGCCUGGCAGCCAACACUCUGUUUGAGGAUGAGACCUUCCCUGCUAGUUCUUCAUCUCUAGGUGUGAAUAAGUUUGGACCUGACUCUGCAAAAGCGAAAGAUGUUACCUGGCUGAGACCCUCGGAGAUAAAAACCAACCCUCAGUUUAUUGUGGAUGGAGCAAAAUGUGUAGAUGUUUGCCAAGGGUCUGUUGGGGAUUGCUGGUUCCUCGCUUCUAUUGCCUCUCUUACAAUGAAUGAGGAGUUCCUAUCCCUUGUGGUCCCUGGAAAUCAAAGUUUCCAGACAGACUAUGCAGGAAUCUUCCACUUUAAGCUCUGGCAGUACGGUGAGUGGUUGGACGUUGUAGUUGAUGACCGUCUGCCUACAAAAAACCAACAACUGAUGUUUGUGAAAUCAGGAACAGCAAACGAGUUCUGGAGUUCUCUGCUGGAAAAGGCCUAUGCCAAGCUAAAUGGAUCUUAUGAGUCACUAAUAGGAGGCUUGCCCUUUGAAGCCCUUCAGGAUUUUACCGGAGGCAUUUCUGAAAUUUAUUGUUUGAACGAGGCUCCGGGUGACUUGUUCCAGAUUAUCCAGAAAGCCUUGAAAAUGAAAUCACUUGUCACAUGUAGUUCUAUUUCAGCAGAUGAAGAAGAACGAACAAAGCAAAAUGUGAUUAAAGGUCAUGCAUAUUCUUUAGUUGGAGCCGUAGAGGUUUCCUUUAAUGAUGGAAAAGAAAAGUUAAUCAGGGUGAGAAACCCCUGGGGUUAUGCAGAAUGGAAUGGAGCUUGGAGUGAUAAUUCCUCUGAAUGGGACAAGGUGGACCCCAAAGUAAAGGCUGAUCUUAACCUGCAGUGCGAUGAUGGGGAAGCUUGGAUACCAUAUUCAUCAUUUACUAAUGAGUUCUGUCGAGUGGAAAUCUGUCAUGUUAGCCUGGAAUUUGCAUGUAGCGAUCAACACCACACGUGGUGUUUAACACAAUUUGAUGGGAGCUGGAGGAGUGGGUUUAGUGCCGGUGGGUGUCCUAAAUACUCAGAUACGUACUGCACCAACCCCCAGUUCAGGAUAAGGUUGGAAGAGCCAGAUGAUGAUCAUGAAGUUUCUACAGAGCAGCCAUGUUGUACUGUGAUUGUUGGUUUAAUGCAAAAGAACCGCAGAAAGAUCAUUACAGGAGAAAAACUACUGCCGAUUGGCUUCUAUAUUUAUCGAUAUGAAACACAAGAUUUCAAGAUUACCCAGGAAUUUCUAAAGAAGAACAAACAAGUGGCUUACUCAAUCUACAAAAAUACCCGUGAAGUUUCCACACGAUUCAAGCUGCCUGUUGGAGAAUACUUGAUUGUCCCUAGCACGUAUGAUCCUAAUCAAGAUGCAGAUUUUUGCCUUCGAGUUUUCUCAGAGAAGAACGCUGACUCCAGUGGUGGCUGGUGAAUUUUGAAAAUGGUGGGGCAUUAGAUUCUACCCCUUUAAUAUAGGCCUACCCCCAGUGGCUCCGGCUUCGUCCAUUUGAACCAGUAGCACUAGUUUUGCUUAGUUUUGUUUUUUAAAAGUUAACAAAAUAAAUGGUACACCCCACAAAAAAUAAAUAAAUAUAUAUACACACUA